AGGAAUUGUAUCUUCGUAUUUUUUCAUACUAUAGGUUUAAUCUACUUCUUAAACAUCGCCCAUAAGAUGAAGGACCUGAUUCAAACUAUGAGAGUCAUUUUGCUAGAAUAUUCCACGCGAGUAACGGAAGUACGGACAUUACAACAAAUCCGGAUCUUCCUGCUAAAGUUGGAUCAUUACCGUCCGCUGUCUGCUAACAGAGUAUAUGAAAUUGAUCUCAAAGUUGCAGUGUCGAUAUUUGCCAACAUUUUGACAUACGUGCUGGUUGCUCUGCAGUUUGAAGUAUCUGAGGGCUAAAC